UCCCGAAAGGCUGCGGCAAUACGAUGCCAGCGGCGGCUUGGUUGAACUGCCGCGGACUACACUUCCCGACGCGCCGCGCGAGACGUUUCCAGCGGCUGCUGAGGUAAACGGCUGCGGACUACUCUUCCCGACGCGCCGCGCGAGACACCGCCGGCGGCCGGCCGAGGGCGGGCCGACGCGGGAAGCUCCGGACGUGAGGCAUGAGCGGCGCCCUCCCUCGGCCCGCGCGCGUUCUGCUACCUCCCCGAGCGAGGGUCGCGCUGCGCGGGGCCUAGCGGCGGGCAUCUCAAGCCCUCGGCGUGAGCAGGGGCUGCUGCGACCGCGCCGGGAGCCGGCGAGGGCGGCGGCCACCAUGGAGGUGAGCGGGCCGGAAGACGACCCCUUCCUGUCGCAGCUGCACCAGGUGCAGUGUCCCGUGUGCCAGCAGAUGAUGCCCGCCGCGCACAUCAACUCGCACCUGGACCGCUGUCUGCUGCUCAACCCCGCCGGGCACGCGGAGCCCACGGCCGGGCCACACCGCGCCGGGGAGCGGGCCAAGGGGCUCUCGCCGCCCAGCGCCAAGAGGCGGCGGCUCUCCGAGAGCUCGGCUCUGAAGCAGCCGGCCACCCCGACGGCGGCCGAGAGCAGCGAGGGCGAGGGCGAGGAGGGCGACGACGGAGGCGAGACCGAGAGCCGGGAGAGCUAUGACGCGCCGCCCACGCCCAGCGGCGCCCGCCUCAUCCCCGACUUCCCGGUGGCCCGCUCCAGCAGUCCCGGGAGGAAGGGCUCGGGAAAGAGGCCGGCGGCAGCGGCCGCCGCGGCGGGCAGCGCAUCUCCGCGGAGCUGGGACGAGGCGGAGGCGCAGGAGGAGGAAGAGGCGGUGGGCGAUGGCGACGGGGACGCCGAUGCGGACGGCGAGGACGACCCGGGCCACUGGGAUGCCGACGCCUCCGACGCCGCUGCCUUCGGGGCCAGCGGUGGGGGCCGCCCGCACGCCCGGUCGCUGGCGGCCGAGGAGAUUCGGCAGAUGCUGGAGGGCAAGCCGCUGGCCGACAAGAUGCGUCCCGACACGCUGCAGGACUACAUCGGGCAGAGCAGAGCCGUGGGGCAGGAGACCCUGCUCCGGUCCCUCCUGGAGACAAACGAAAUCCCCUCUCUUAUCCUGUGGGGACCGCCGGGCUGCGGCAAGACCACUCUGGCUCACAUCAUAGCCAACAACAGCAAGAAACAUAGCAUAAGAUUUGUGACAUUGUCUGCAACAAAUGCCAAGACAAAUGAUGUGCGAGAUGUCAUAAAACAAGCUCAAAAUGAAAAGAGCUUUUUCAAAAGGAAAACCAUCCUUUUUAUUGAUGAGAUUCAUCGGUUCAAUAAAUCUCAGCAGGACACUUUCCUUCCUCACGUGGAAUGUGGGACGAUCACUCUGAUUGGGGCAACCACGGAAAACCCUUCCUUCCAGGUCAAUGCUGCUCUCCUAAGUCGCUGUCGGGUUAUUGUUCUUGAGAAGCUUCCCGUAGAGGCAAUGGUGACUAUUCUAAUGCGAGCAAUCAACUCCCUGGGAAUCCACGUCCUAGACUCCAGUCGUCCUACUGACUCUCUGAGCCACAGCAGCAAUAGCAGUUCAGAGCCAUCCGUGUUCAUAGAGGAUAAAGCAGUAGACACUCUGGCUUAUCUUAGUGAUGGGGACGCCCGAGCUGGAUUGAACGGACUGCAGCUGGCAGUGCUGGCCAGGUUAAGCUCUAGGAAGAUGUUUUGUAAGAAGAGUGGGCAAACCUAUUCUCCUAGUAGAGUUCUGAUCACUGAAAAUGAUGUGAAGGAAGGCCUCCAGCAAUCUCAUAUUUUAUAUGACCGAGCAGGAGAAGAGCAUUACAACUGCAUCUCUGCACUUCAUAAGUCAAUGAGGGGCUCAGACCAGAGUGCCUCCCUCUACUGGCUCGCACGCAUGCUUGAAGGAGGAGAGGAUCCGCUGUAUGUGGCAAGGAGGCUUGUGAGGUUUGCCAGUGAGGACAUAGGUCUGGCAGACCCAUCUGCGUUAACACAAGCAGUUGCUGCCUACCAAGGCUGUCAUUUUAUAGGCAUGCCCGAAUGUGAGGUGCUUCUGGCCCAGUGUGUAGUCUAUUUUGCCAGAGCCCCAAAGUCCAUUGAGGUGUACAGCGCCUACAACAACGUCAAAGCCUGCCUGCGAAACCACCAGGGGCCUCUGCCCCCCGUCCCACUGCACCUGAGGAACGCGCCCACCAGGCUGAUGAAGGAUUUGGGCUACGGCAAGGGCUACAAGUACAACCCCAUGUACAGUGAGCCUGUGGAUCAAGAGUACCUGCCAGAAGAAUUGAGAGGAGUCGAUUUCUUUAAGCAGAGGCGAUGCUGACUCUUGUAGGCUUUGAUGGCAGAAGGAUGUGUCUGUUUUUUAGGGAGAGAAAGAGUAACUGGAUUGUGAAGUUGGUUGCCUGGUGGAAGUUCAGAGAGACCAACAUUUUGUGCCAGAAAUGUCAGAGUUCUUAGGUGGAGGCACAUGUACUUCAACUAAAUGUGUAACAUUGAAAUUGUGUUCAUUUGCACUCUGUGCAAUGGUUAUGCUUAUGAAAAUAUCUGGCAGCUUUGUGCAAUGAAUUAAUGUUAUAAGGAAUUAUCUAUUUUGUCAUAGUAUUUAAGUCAUAAUGUCAUUUCAGAAUUCAGUUCUGUAGGAUUUUUUUCCUUUAAAAGAUGUAUAUUCAGGGUAGUUUGAAUUGGUAAAAAAAAAUGUAAUUGUGAUUUAAUACUGCAUAGUGUUUUGGGUAUUUUUUUUAUAUGCAAAGGUCUUAUGAGCCAAUAAAACUAUUUCAAAGUA